ACGAAACGUUUGAGGCGAGGGAGCAGUCCUUUGAAAAAAGCGUUUAAUCGGUCACCUGAAUGAACAGAUAUCUUCACCACUUUUCGGACAUGUUUCUCGUGCCAUACAUCUGGUCUGCCUUGAUCUUACCAUGUGCCUGGGCACAAAACAACAUGCCAAGUGUGGUUGUGGAGGCGAGGAACAUUACUGUUCCAGCCGGGUCAGAUGUUCUUCUGCCGUGUAAUAACCAGCGGAUGGUUUGGAGGCAGGAUCGCCUGCGGGACCGUCAGCGUGUCGUGCACUGGGACCUGAUCCGGAACCAACCCGAUUACACUGUGGAGCGCAUUUUAGAUAUGUUCUCAGGGGGAACAGAGCGCUUGUACAGCGACUACAACAGGGGCCGAAUUACUAUUUCAAAGGACGCCUUCAGCGAUGGAAAUUUCUCACUAGUUAUUAAUAAUGUGGACGUGAAUGAUAAAGGUAUCUAUACCUGCAACCUACAUCACCACUAUUGCAAGGUCCACCAGUCCAUUCGAAUCCAGCUCAACGUCACUAAAUCACAUACAAACAUGGUUGAAGCGCCUCGCAUCCUCAAUGUAAUUUUGCCUGAGAAUCAAACUCACCUCUUGCACCAAGUAGGCUACAUCCUGGCAAUCUUCCUGCUGCUUCUGUUAAUGCUCAUUGGCAUCAUUAUAACCACGAGGCACUGCAGAAAAAAGGGGCCUGAGUUUGAGGUUCGAAGGUCUGAGCGGGGGAGGAGGACAUCCAUUGAGCUUGAUGCCACAGAACUGCAACCCUACAAUCAGGAGGACUUGCGACUGGACUACAAGAACAACAUAAUAAAAGAGAGGGCAGCGGCAAACAACUAUCCCUCUCCAGAAGUUAUUGAUCUAAACCGAGAAACGGAGAGAAUGUCAUGGAAGUGAUUCGUAGCGAGCUGCUGGCUGGUCCAGAGCGUGCUGAAUGAGAAGAGAUUCAAAGACUUUACAUUUACAUUGAGAACAGGAAUGGAAUUACCGACUUUCUACAGCAUAAUUACUGCUUACAUGAUCUUAUAAUACUCAAAUUCUGUUGAUAUUGGUGAGUCAAUUUAAUUGAAAUCUUUUUUUCAUAAUCGUAGUGUACCAUAAUGGUAAUCUAUUGAAUUCAAGUUACACAUAUGUAAAAUGUGGGAGAGCAAUUUGCUGAAUUCAAUUUGGUACUCUUCUGUAUUAAAAUUCUAAAUUUAAACAUUUCUGUUGAAUUGCUAAAAUUCUGUGGGGUAGAAACCACUGUAAAUGUCUGAAUCUGAAUGGGAAUUUCUUAUAAAACUCAGGAAGCAAACAAAUAGCUGUGGCUUCAGGUCUAAAUAGUCAAACAUGGUACACAAGGGAACGUCAAAGGCAAUUAAAAGUACUGUUUCUGCUAUUCUGAUGUGUGUGUAUCUAUAUGUUACUUUUUGUAUACAUUUUGAGUCCUAUUGACCAGGACUUCUUUGGUUCAUUGUCUUUUUACAGUGUUUGUUUUACAGCAUUAUGUGGUACAGUUACAGUUUAUUUGCUUUUGCAAUAUGAGCAAGUCCCAUUUAUCUCUUUUCCAUCAUCAACAUUUUUUUUCAGCAAUUUCAUUGGUCAGUGAUGUUCAUUUGCAUAGGUUACUAAGCAUUCAUGCAGUAGUUUUUAUUUGAUCUGGAGUGUACAUUUAUAUUUAGAGAGGCAAUACAUGAUCAUGUCAGUAUAGACUAGAGCAGUGGUGGCGAACUCCGGUCCUGGAGAGCCGCAACCCUGCAGAGUUCAGCUCUAACCCU